GAUAAAGGCAAGUCUAGCAAAUCUGAAAUAAAAUCCAAAAACAGAAACCUCGAGCUACAGCUGGUAAGGGAAGCAGUGAGCAAAGUUGGAUGUCUUCCCAAACGAGUACUUAGUUACGUUGAGCUUAUGGCCGACCAGCUCGGUCCUGUCGAAAAGGCCUACUAUACAACCAUUGGCAAGGGAACAGGGCCAACUAAACAGACGGCACUUAGGCGAAUAGGAAGAAAAAUAAAAGAAUGGCAAGUCUCGGGCAACGACAAACCAUCAGUAAAAGACCCGGAGGAUGUAUACGAGAGUAGUUGUAGBGAAGAAUCUUCGCCGAUGGACAUCAAAAACGAUGCAAAGUGUACCUCGAAAAGAAAAGCAGACUAUGGAAGGGACGGCCUUUAUCUUGUUGGGGAAGAUGAAAAAAGUAAAGCCUCUGAUGCCAGAAAGUUCACGGAGACCACAACCAAAACGGAACGUUCAAGAUUUCUUAGUGAAUUUGAAGAGGAUGAAUUGAUUGCAGAGGAGGAAAAAGCUGGAAAGGGAACAGAGAAGAAGGAAAAGAAGAAAAAGAAGAAAGAUCAACUAGAUGAGCUUAUGGCAAUGAUGCCUACAAUGACGGAGGCUGUAACCAAGGCGGCAAAGUUCCAGUUCAAUUUUUUUUCCACUGAUUGA